GCAAGAGCGCGGGGAUGCUCGGAGUGACGUCACCAGAGCGCCUGACGUCACCGGGGUGGAGGACGACUGCUGCUACUCCCCAUGGAGCCGUGACAGAGCCGCUGGAGGGUCUCACGGUCACCAGUGACUGGCCAUAAGCCGCCCAGAGGCUGACGUGACCGGACGGUACCGAGUCCUAGCGACUGUGCUCAGGCCACGCCCCCGCACGCCACGCCCAGCGCGACCCAGGCAGCAUCCCAGCCCUGAGCCGCAGGAGCUCGCGCCGGGUCCGUUAGAGCAGCUCCGGUCACCGCCGCCGCCAUGUUCAGCUGGGUCAGCAAAGACGGCCGUAGGAAGAACGAACCCGAGCUCUUCCAGACGGUCGCCGACGGCCUCCGCCAGCUGUACACCCAGAAGCUGCUGCCCCUGGAGGAGACGUACCGCUUCCACGACUUCCACUCCCCGGCGCUGGAGGAUGCGGACUUCCAUAACAAGCCCAUGGUGCUGCUGGUGGGCCAGUACAGUACGGGCAAGACCACCUUCAUCCGCCACCUCAUGGAGCAGGACUUCCCCGGCAUGAGGAUCGGCCCCGAGCCCACCACCGACUCCUUCAUCGCCGUCAUGCACGGCCCGGUGGAGGGGGUCGUGCCCGGGAACGCGCUCGUCGUGGACCCCAAGAAGCCCUUCAGGAAGCUCAGCGCCUUCGGGAACGCUUUCCUCAACCGGUUCAUGUGCGCUCAGCUACCUAACCCCGUCCUGGAGAGCAUCAGCAUCAUAGAUACUCCUGGCAUUCUGUCUGGGGAGAAGCAGCGUAUCAGUAGAGGUUAUGACUUUGCCGCAGUCUUGGAGUGGUUUGCCGAGCGCGUGGAUCGCAUUAUUCUGCUUUUUGAUGCUCACAAGUUGGACAUAUCCGAUGAAUUUUCUGAGGUCAUCAAAGCACUCAAAAACCACGAGGAUAAAAUCAGAGUUGUGCUGAACAAGGCAGAUCAGAUUGAAACCCAGCAGCUUAUGAGAGUGUAUGGGGCCCUCAUGUGGUCACUGGGAAAGAUCAUCAACACUCCGGAGGUGGUGCGAGUAUACAUCGGGUCAUUCUGGUCCCAUCCUCUGCUUAUCCCGGACAACCGCAAACUGUUUGAAGCGGAAGAACAAGACUUAUUCAAGGACAUUCAGUCCUUACCCAGGAAUGCUGCCCUCCGCAAGCUGAAUGACCUCAUUAAAAGAGCUAGGCUGGCCAAGGUCCAUGCCUAUAUUAUUAGUGCUUUAAAAAAGGAAAUGCCAAAUGUCUUUGGUAAAGAUAACAAAAAGAAGGAGCUGAUCAAUAAUCUGGCGGAGAUUUACAUGAAAAUAGAAAAGGAACAGCAGAUCUCACCCGGAGACUUCCCCAGCCUGAAGAAAAUGCAGGAAAUUCUGAUGACCCAGGACUUUUCCAAGUUCCAGUCCAUCAAGCCAAAGUUGCUGGAUGCAGUUGAUGACAUGCUGGCCAAUGACAUUGCUAAGCUCAUGGUCAUGGUCAGGCAGGAGGAAUCCCAAAUGACAACCCAAGUGGUGAAAGGUGGAGCAUUUGACGGAACCAUGAAUGGUCCAUUUGGCCACGGAUAUGGGGAGGGAGCUGGAGAAGGCAUUGACGACGUAGAGUGGGUAGUAGGAAAAGAUAAACCAACGUAUGAUGAGAUCUUUUACACACUUUCUCCUGUCAAUGGGAAAGUCACCGGUGCUAGUGCCAAAAAGGAAAUGGUCAAGUCCAAGCUCCCCAACACCGUCUUGGGCAAAAUCUGGAAGUUGGCAGAUGUGGACCGAGAUGGUUUUCUUGAUGAUGAAGAGUUUGCUUUAGCAAAUCAUUUAAUAAAAGUGAAAUUAGAAGGGCACGAGCUUCCAGCAGAGCUGCCGACUCACCUCAUCCCACCUUCCAAACGGCGAGGAGAGUGACCGCUUACCCUGCCACCCAUCUUUUCAUCUUCAGAGUCUUCCAUUUUUUUUUUCUUCAUUAAAUGCCUCAUUUGAAAGAACUACAAGAAAAGUAUUUUCAACGCAAUUUAACUUUUUAAAAUGUUUAAAAAUAUAUUCUUACAAAAAGUAGACAGAUUUAUUGGUGGAGCGGUGGUGAUGUCAGAAGCCUAAUGCUAUGCUUGUUCUACAGCUGAGGGCUGGGGUGUGUGAAAUGUCCAUCUGGUGUCUCAAACUUAUUCUGAUGACAUCAGUCAAGCUGUGAUCCAUGACCAAUGAUGAAAUGUCAGCGAUUGUGAGGAAUUUUCUACUGAAAUCUUUCUUUACCUGCCGGUUGUGUGGACAAGUCAAUGUCAGGAUGGAUGGAGAUGGACUUCUGACAUGCAUGUCUUAUUGGUCAUGGUACCACCAUCUUUCUCUGCCUCAAUUGUAGAAACAUUAAAGGGAGAUGUAUCGCUGCGUAGCCAUCAUGUUUUGUGUCCUUUGGAUUAUCGUCACACGUACCAUCAUUUUAUGCUAAGGACAAAUCCACCACAAAGUCCCCAUGUCUUAAAGGGUCG